GUUGUCUUUGUCUCCAGUCUACCCCUCUGAGUUCCUGGGGUUGUGUUCCCUUCCUGGUUGCAGGUUUAAGGACGUUAGGAGAAACCUUCAGAGAGAUGUAGAAGAACUAAAGAACUACGGGACCCAGGACGUAUUUGUGCUUUGUACCAGAGGAGAGCUUGUAAAAUACAGAGUACCCAACCUUAUAGACACCUACCAACAGCACGGGAUCCGUGUGCACCACUAUCCUGUUCCUGAUGGGGAUGCUCCUGACAUUGCCCAGUGCUGCAAAAUUCUGGAAGAGCUCAGAAGCUGCCUGGAAAGCAACCGGAAAACAAUCAUACACUGUUAUGGUGGCCUUGGACGCUCGUGCCUCAUUGCUGCCUGUCUCCUGCUGCAGCUUUCAGAUGCACUGGCACCUCAGCAAGCAAUAGACAGCCUCAGGAACCUGAGAGGAUCUGGGGCCAUCCAGACCAUCAAGCAGUACAAUUACCUCCACGACUUCCGAGAGAACCUGGCUGCACACCUGGCCACGAGGGACACCACGCUGAGAUCUGUGUCACGAUAA